ACUCUUAUCUCCUAGGCCCUAGAGCAUUCACACUAUUUCCUCCUUGAGAAUAACAAAAAAAAAAAAAAAGUUAGUUUUAAAAAUAUUCCAGAGAGAAUCACGAGUUUCAUUUCAAUAUGUUUUUUUUUUUGUAAUUUUGAUUAAUUAACUAAGAAUUUUUUAAAUCACGACCUUUUGUUUUAUGUUGUGUUACGUGAUAAGUAUAAAUCAUGAUGAAUCAUCAUCGUAUUGAUGUAUCAGUUAUCUCUGAGUUGCUAACGUAAGGAUCAAUAUUUGCAUAAAAUGAGCGAGAAAAGAGGAGAAAAUUGUAUCGGCACUAGUUAGUUGUAUGGAGCUGAUCAAGUUUUGGUGAUUCAAAAAUUCUGAAUUUUUUGUAUCUGCAAGUAGUCAUGGUGGCACUUUUGGAUCUUUUCAUUGCAUCGUCGAUACCGGUUGUAGAAGUACUUCUAGUUACUGGUCUUGGUUCUUUUCUUGCAUUAGAGAGUAUUAAUAUUUUGGGAGAUGAUGCUAGGAAGCUUAUAAACAAUGUAGUAUUUUACGUGUUUAAUCCGGCACUUAUAUCAGGGAAUUUGUCGAAAACAAUUACUUAUGAUAGUAUGGUUAAGUUGUGGUUCAUGCCGUUGAACAUUCUUAUCACAUUCAUUGCUGGUUCCGCAUUUGGAUGGGUUUUAAUACAAUUUACAAGGCCUCCUUCACAUUUGAGGGGUCUCAUUUUGGGUUGUUGUGCUGCCGGAAAUUUGGGAAACUUGCUUCUAAUCAUUGUUCCAGCUGUUUGUAAAGAAAAGGGGAGUCCGUUUGGAGAUCCAGAUGUUUGCAGUACAUUUGGAGUGGCUUAUGCUUCUCUCUCUAUGGCGAUUGGGGCUAUUUAUUUGUGGUCAUAUGUGUACAACCUCGUUAGGAUAUUUUCAACCAACACUGAGGAAACUAAAGAAGAUAUCCCUGUGAGCAGUUUGAAGUUUCCAGACGAAACAUCAAAACUAUUCCCUGAGAGUUGUACAGAAGAACUGCUUCCCUCGAACUAUUGUUCAAUUUCUGGAAUUUCCGAGGAUCAAGCUCAGUUACCUUACAGUAUAAACCCCAUAAAAAAGAUACCAUUUUUGGUGAAGUGUAGACAGCAGUUUGAGAUGAUGGCACAGCACAUCCACUUCAAGAGAUUGUUUGCACCUUCAACAAUCGGCGCGAUUGUUGGAUUUUUUAUCGGAAUCGUCCCUCAAAUUCGAAGGUUAUUAAUUGGUGAAAGUGCUCCUCUACGUGUGAUACAAGAUUCCGCUUCUUUGCUGAGUAAUGCAGCUGUCCCAACCUUGACCUUAAUAGUAGGAGGAAAUCUUACCAAAGGUAUAAGAGGGUCAGAGAUGCAGAAGUCUGUUGUUAUUGGCAUUGUUGUGGUCAGAUAUAUACUAUUGCCUAUGUUGGGCGUUAUCGUGGUUAAAGGUGCUUUCAGAUUAGGCUUAAUCCAGUCAGACCCCCUGUAUCAAUUUGUUCUUCUACUUCAAUUUGUGAUGCCACCUGCAAUGAACAUUGGUACAAUUACCCAGUUGUUUAAAUCCGGUGAGAGCGAAUGUUCUGUUAUUUUGCUGUGGACUUACUCCGUGGCCUCUAUUUCACUAACCAUCUGGACAACUUUUUUCUUGUGGCUGGUAUCGUCAUAAUAUUUCUUUGCCCCAUCCUUCUCGGCGGUGUUGAGAGUUGCAGUAGGGAAAAAUUCAUUGUCAUGAUAAUGCUGGCAUCUCCAUAAUACUGCAUAUAUCUUUACCCCGAUCUUUCGCGGUGGUGAGGUCAAAAAUUGUAGAACGAUUCAUUGUUAUGGGUAACCCAUGGCUAUUGUGGUGUUUAUAUGCAUAAAAACACACCAUAUAUUAAAACAGAUGACAUUUUACAUUCAUUUGUUUCCACAGUUUUCCCCUUUUCUACAUGGAUACAUAUUUCAGUCAUGGUAUAACUAUGAUUUA